AUGUUUCAAAUAACAAUUCUAAAGUGGAAUAUGGAUAACAUCUUGAUCCGAACUUUCUUUUGGUUCAGUCACGUUAAAUACAUUACCUCUUCGAUAGCUGGUGUCACAUACAUGGACCAUUUCGACUUUGAAGAUAGAUAUAGAAACGUGAAUGAAUGUAAUCCCUUAUAUUAUCAUCCGUUACACAUGCCCGAAGAGUGUAUGGAAAUGUAUGAGCAACUGAUACGUUCUAAUAUAGCUUCUUUCUUUGGUCCAAUGCAAGUAUUUAAGGAACGAAACCUGGACGAAAUAAAUGGCGAAUUAUAUAGCUUGUCUCAUUCACAUAAUAUACAAAAAACAGAUUUGAAUUUGUACAUUAGCUCUAUGCGACAAAGGCUGUCACCCUUAGAAAGAAUGAUUGAAAUGAUUAGAUACGAUGCCAUGAGAAUACCCACUGCACCAGAAAUAAGAAUGGCUCCUCAAUUUGGCCCAGUCGCUAUGUAUCGUCAACCAAUUUCAAGUAAAAGUGAGAAAAUGAUAAAAAAGAUAUCAGGCGCAUAUGGCAAAAAGCUAAUUCAGCAAAGAUAA